UAUAAAUUUAUUCCGCUUAAACUUAGAUUGUGUCGGCACAUCACUGUCUAAGUUGUGUUAACUCAGUGGUGCCCAGCAUUGUUCAGUCUGUGGUGCAAUACAGUUUUUUAAAGUGCCUCUCGUGGGCCGCAUUGCAAACGAAAACUCUACAUAGGGAGCUUUAUCAUUGACUGUGAGCAUUAAUUUCCUGGGACCGGAUAGUGGAAAUAAAGGGUCGGAUAUGGAUCGCUGACUUUAGUUUUGGAAUCACUGUAAAAGAUUGUAGUAUCGUAAAUACUACUUACUAGUGGACUUUCAGAAGAAGUGUUCUGUGUUUGUGUUUUGCAAAGCAAUUCACACAUUUAAAAAAAAGCAAGGUGAUUGUAAAUGUUGGAUGUGCUGAUGUAUGUAUUGACCAUUUACUCAAAGAGAAUAAUUUCAUCUGUAGAAUGGGGAAUUUCUUUUUGCUGAUAAUGUUUGGAUUAUACUUAGACUUAGGAUCUUUACAAGAACCAAGCAAAUCCUGCGAUGUUAGAGAUUUCUGCCAGUACAAAUGUCAGUGCAAUAAGGAUUGCAAAGAUGACUUCCAAUGUUCUGAAAAUGAUAAAUGUAAACGUGGAUGGUUUGGGUACAGAUGUCAAUAUCAAGAUUGGGCUGUGUCCGGAGCAACAGUUUUUACCGAGCCGUCUGGGCGGAGAACUGAGUGGAUGACCGACCAAGAUGAUAACACCUGCAAUAAUGAGGAAGAUUUGAACUCUGUUACAUGGAGGUGGGAACCUUCAAAGGCCAUUCCUCUUACCUGGACGAGGUUGACUGUGAGCAAACCACACUCACUGCUCAAUGUGACGCUGCAGUUCACCAAAGAAGGCACAAGUGAGAAGUCUUCAUGUGUCAAUGAGACGCUCGCUGAAGUAAACAACAACACUCUAGACAGGCGAUGUAAUGAUGAUGUGAUGAUAACAUCUUUAACUUUAUCUGGAAAUCUGUCCUCUUUAUGUUCUUUUUAUAUCAGUGGAGGUAGAAACAUUGCAUACAAACAGAACGCCUCUCAGUCAUCUGUCUAUACUGAUUCAAAAGAGUACACAGCUGACUUAGCUGUUGAUGGAAACAAUAACUCGAAUUUUUAUGCCGGAAGUUGCUCUCAUACUAAAGAGGAGACGUCCCCAAGUUGGACUCUAACUUUACAAAGCAGCUACUUUAUACAUCGGUUAAUCCUUUACAACAGAGAAAAUGAGAGAAAAAACAGCCAAAAUAGUUUCUACACAGAUGGACAAGCUGACCAAUGGACAGGUUACGCAGAACGACUUCGUGGAUUUGUAUUAGAUACAUAUGAUAUGAACCUUACAAAGAUUGGUUUCUAUCAAGAUAACAAUGAGUCAGGCCUACCAAUCUAUCAUAUCAAUAUUAAAGAAAGUAUGAAAACUGCGGUCAAGGUUUUUACCUUACGUCUUCUUGGGAACACGAAAAUACUCACAUUGUGUGAAGUGGAAGCAUUUGGAGAGUGUCCGUCAGGUCGUUGGAGUCUACCCUGUAGUAAACGAUGUCCAGCUUCUUGUCCUGACACCUGUGAUAGAGACACUGGGGCCUGCAACAGUAUAUGUAUUGGAUACAGUAAUCCACCGCAGUGUAAUACAGUCUGCACAAGUGGAAAGUGGGGAAUAAAUUGUCGCUAUAAUUGCAGCAACAGAUGUGCCAUGGCCAUUUGUAAUGUUGAGACUGGAUGGUGUGACCAAGGAUGUCAUGGAUACAGUGACCCACCUUACUGUAGCAGUGUGUGCUCCAGUGAUAGAUGGGGCGUCAACUGUAGUCUUAGAUGUAGUGAACAUUGCCACAAUCACACUUGUAAUCCUGUCAGUGGAGAAUGUCACCGAGGAUGCAAGCCGGGAUACCUACUGCCAGAUUGUACAAUGGAAUGUCCAAAAGGACAAUGGGGAGUGAACUGUACUAGUACAUGUAGCGAAAACUGCUUCAACAAAUUAUGUAACCCUAAAGAGGGCAGCUGUGAUUUUGGUUGUGUUGAAGGAUUUCAGACUCCAGACUGCUUACAAAAUUGUUUCAGCGGAACUUAUGGAAGAAACUGCUCGUACAAUUGCUCAAGUCUAUGUGUCAACGAAGAAUGUGAUCCUGUCAAUGGGGCUUGCAAUAGAUGCCCCACUGGGUUUAAGGGGCACGCUUGUGAACUGAAAAUAUUCAGAGUGGAAUUCACCAGUUUUGGAAUAGGAAUAGCUGUUGGGAGUGGAGCUAUCUUUGUAGUCGUUUUGGUCGUCCAAUUGAUACUUUGUAACACUGGGGUGCUUCUGUGGAGGCCAAGGUCAAGGUUUGCUCCUGAUGAAACAAAUCUCCAGCUUGAAGAAGCGCACACCUAUGACCAAAUUUUAAAAAAAGCUCAUCGAGACGGAGAAGUCAAUGCUGGCUACGAGACAAGUGUCCUGACAUCGCCAGAUUGGACAGAGUACUCUACAGCCGAAUCUGUUUGUGCAUACGUUAAUGCGAAACAGUUACCUCAACUCUAAUGGUUUUUAGAAAAUAAAUUGGCAAAUAUUGUUUUGGUUUGUUUCAAUUGUUUAACGACAAUAUUCUCUAAAGCAUUUUGAUAUCUAGCUCUAUAAAUUGUAUUUUUGUUAUACAUUAUAAAAAUAUUAUAAAUGUCUAACGUUUUGUAUAAUAGAGUUAUUAGAACUGUGAAUUACAGUAGCUUUUUAUCUCAUCACACACAAAAUAAUUAUACUUUCAUUUCAUACUGUUUUUUAUAAUUUCGAUCUCCUAAACCUACAUAUUCAUGCCGCUAUUUCGUAUUUUGGGAGGAAAAAAAACGCAAGCAAGGAAAAUUACGCACCAAAAAAAUUGUUCUUAAUAAAGGAAGAAAUAUAUUUUCCAAAUUUUAUAA